GUCACAACUCUGAAGAACCUCUGCCCUAUAUGCGGAUUAUCCCUGACAUCCCUCCAGAUGUUGAGGCAUCAGGACGCACAGCUUAACAUUUCCACAGACAACGUUUCUAUCUCAUCUGUUAUGUGCAAUAACAAAGAUGAAGUUUUCUUUAAUGGCUAAAAAACGGAAAACUUUGACUUUCUGCGAUGAAUGGAUAUUUGCAUCAAUAUUUUGACAUUUGCACACUGAAUGCUGAUGUAAGGGAUGAAAAUAAGAAAGAAGGGAGUAAUAUCGUUUAUGCUACACGCUACUUGUGUCAUUUCUCUGACCAGAUGGCACAGAUGAGGCGGCCUUCAUCAAGACACAGGACUCUUUCAAUGGCAAAUAUCAUUGGACGAAAUUAAAUUGAUUAAAAGUAAUGGAGCUUUCCGGUCAAGUCGAGACAACUCAAUUUGUGAACACCACAAACGACAGCAUUUUGUCAGAUUUAUCCACUAUCGAUGAGAGCGCAGAGAGUCUCGCUUAUCAGAUCAGCCUGGCUGUUAUUCUUUCGGUUAUCACGCUCGCCACCACUUUAUCCAACGCCUUCGUCAUUGCAACAAUCUCCCAGUCAAAGAAACUGCAAACUCCAGCGAACUUUUUGAUCGCGUCUUUGGCCGUUACCGACCUGCUGGUUUCUAUUCUGGUGAUGCCCAUAUGCGUCCUGUACACGGUGAUCCACACCUGGACGCUCGGGCAAAUCGUAUGUGACAUCUGGCUUUCCUCGGACAUAACGUGCUGCACAGCGUCCAUCCUCCACCUGUGCGUAAUAGCAUUGGAUAGGUACUGGGCCAUCACGGACGCAGUGGAGUACUCCAAAAAGCGCACACCAGCACGCGCGGCGGGGAUGGUGGCCACUGCUUGGGUCAUUGCCAUCUCCAUCUCCCUGCCGCCCCUCUUCUGGAGGCAGGUGAAAGCAGAGGAGCUGACCAGCUGCAGCGUCAACACAGAUCACAUCUUUUAUACCAUCUACUCCACUUUUGGGGCUUUCUACAUCCCCACUUUGCUCCUUAUUGUACUGUACGGGCGGAUAUACGUGGAGGCUCGGAAACGGAUCCUGAAGCAGUCCCCCAAGAAGGUUGGGAAGAGACUAACCUCUGCGCAUUUGGUAACCAACUCCCCUGGAUCCGUGGCAUCCACGACCUCACUGCAGUGCGGGAGACACGACACUCCGUCUAGCGACACUGGGUCUUCAACCAGCGAGAAUCAGGUGAAAGUGACGGUUUCAGAUGCACUUUUGGAGAAAAAGCGGAUUUCGGCAGCCAGAGAGAGAAAAGCUACAAAAACUCUGGGAAUAAUCCUCGGCGCCUACAUCGUUUGCUGGCUUCCGUUUUUCAUUUACACUUUACUGGUGGCCACAUGUGACACAUGUUUUAAUCCAGAGUUAUUUGACUUUUUCACCUGGCUGGGAUAUCUGAAUUCUCUCAUCAACCCAAUCAUAUACACUAUGUCCAAUGAAGACUUCAAGAAAGCUUUUCAAAAGCUCGUGCGCUUCAGAUGCUGUAGGUCCUAAACUGUUCCUCUAGUCUCCAAUAAAAUAGCUGCUUGUUAUUUGUUUAUUUAUUUAUUUAUUUAUUUCUAGAAAUUUAUAAGAGAGUACUACCGUCUCUGACUCUUAGAGACACUGUAAGACGUGCAUGCAAACGGAGAAUCAUUCAUUUGUAACCUUGGUUCGAGAUUAGAAAAAGUAAUCUUUUUCAUCAAAACAAUGAAUAAAAUAUGGAAUGUUUGAACAUAAACUCCAUAUAGCUAAACACUUCAAAGACUUUAAAAAGAGAAAUAAAAAAAAAAAAAUUAAAAAUUAUGCUAAAAAAGAGAGAUUGAGAGAAAAAAGAGAAAAUACAUGUAAAACAAAUGGACAUGUUUGCACAGUGAUGUGGUGGAGAACCUCCUGCUUCACUGAAUUACUUUCAUUUCUUCAAUUUCUAAUGACUUGGAUUGUUCCGUAUGGAUACCAGCAUGGAUGGAAGCUACUAUUAAAGCUAGCGCACAGCCAUUAAUGAGGGUAAACUGCACAGCUACAUGAUUUUCGACCAUGGGUACAUUUUGGCUGAAAGAGUCAGUCAGCAUUUUCUAUAAUAUGUUCAAAUAAGUUUGUUUCUAAUUUAAAAUUCAUGAUCAAAAUAUAUAUGUGUAUGAUCACAAAUAAAUGAUCACAGUCAGGGACUGCUUGCUGCUACCAUAUAUGUGCUUAUCUUUGUUUUUUGAAAAAGGCUCAAGCCAUGGUGUUAAAAAAAAAUCAAAAAAAUCAAAAGUUGUCUUAAUAUAAAAAGGUCAGCUGAUAUUUACCAGUCAUGAUUAGUUCAAUUUAACUGAACACCCAUCCCACUUGUUUAACUGUACAUAUGUGGGUCUGUUUGUUUCCACAUUAAAUCUAUAUUUACAGAAUGUUAUCUUCAUGUAUUUCAUCAUCUACAGUUUUAUUGCUUCAGAGACUUAUUGGAUUGUUUGAGUCUGUUCUGAAGAGCUACAAAAACAAAACAGAGGAUUUAUGAGUAUUAUGGAAUACAAGUAUGUUGUGGUAGGAAUUUGUGUAAUAAAGGCUUUUUAAGGUA